AUGGCGAAGGAGACCAGGACACCACAGUCCACCAGAAACACCAAAGCGGGGAAGGAGAGGAAGACCCCCUGUCCACCCAAGUCCAGAGGAAAGGGCAAGGCGCCCAAGACAACCUUGAAGCGUAAAAGACCCCUCCAAGGGAGUCUGAGGAAAAAAGCUGCUGCAGAAGUGACCACCCUCUCAAUUCAACCCCCAAAAGGGAAAAAGCCAACACUAUUCGGCCACUAUCACCGGCUGAAUCAGGAACUGCAGCAAAAAGAGCUGAAGCAAAUCCGAAAGGACGAGGAGAUGCCCAGCACCUCAAGGGACGAUGAGAUGCCCAGCACCUCAAGGGACGAGGAGAUGCCCAGCACUUCAAGGGACAAGGAGAUCUCCAGCCACUCGAGUGACGAGGAGAUCUCCAGCAACCCAAGUGAUGGCCCGGGCAGCUACUAA